UGCCGGGACGAGGAUUGGCUCGGCGGUGCCGCAGCCCGCCCCCUCCUUCCCGCGUCCCCUCCCCGCCAGCUUCGCUCCCUCGCUCCCGUGGCACCGGGGCGUCAGGCACCCAAAGAGCAGCCUUGGGGAGCCAGCCUUGGGGGGGACACGCGUGGGAAAAGGGGGGGCACGCAUCCCCUUCCCUUUCCCCGCUGGGACGCACCGCCGCUUGCCUUCCCAGCCGGCCGGAGGGGCGCACGGGGAGCGUCUCCCAACUUUUCGGCCAGAGGACGGGACAAAAAAAUAACCAAAAAAGUCGCCCCGGGUUCGUAAGAGGGGACCGAGGCACUUAACCUGCCACCCAUCUGUGCACUGGCUCCUGCAGCAGAAGACAUCGGCUCAGCCCCAGAAGCAGCUUCCAGCAGCACCCAGGGUGACCGCAGACCCCCUGUGGACACAUCUGUGCCACCACCAUCCCUCCCUGGGUGAGGGAGCAGCACCCACCGCUCCUCGGGAGGACCCAUCCCCACCAAGGCCACCGAUUGCUGGGGCGUCCCCACCCUGGGUGACUCCAUGAGCGUUACGUAGGCCCACCACUGCCACCAGAUCAAAGCCAAGGCGAGGCGAGCUGCUCCCCCCGGCAAUGGGGAUGCCGGGGAUGUGACAGGCCACUCCGGCACCAGAGGCUAGUUUUUUGGGGGUUUUGGCAGGCGAGGGGACGAGGAGGUGCAAGAUGAGCCUGGGGAAGCUGCCGGUGCUCAGCUGGGUGUCGGGCUCCCAUGGCAAGCGUCGGCUGAAGUCGGAGCUGACGCCGGACAUGAUCAGCCCGCCGCUCGGGGACUUUCGGCACACCAUGCACGUGGGCCGCGGUGGGGACGUCUUCGGGGACACCUCCUUCCUCAGCAACCACGGUGGGACCGAGACGGCCAAAGCCAACAACUUCUUCACCCGGACGCUGCGGCACGUCCGACGGACACCGCUGAGGAGCCGGAGCAGCGGGAGCCAGGUGGUGGCAUCGCCCGAACCGCCCGCCAUCUCGCCCAUCAUCAAGAACGCCGUGUCGCUGCCGCAGCUCAACGAGGGGACGUACGACGGCGGCGGUGGAGGUUUGACCAGCAAGUUCUCCUUCAAAAGUGCCUCCAACAGCUUCUCCAAAACACACCAGGCCUAUGGGCUGGAGUCUGGAUUUUGCACCAUCCCUCGCGUCCCUCGCCUGGAAAAGGCCCAGGAGAAUACCUUCCCCGGGGAAGCAGAGCUCGCGCGCUCGGACUCCCUGCUGUCCUUCCGCCUGGACCUGGGGCCCUCCCUCAUGAGCGAGCUCCUCCAGGUGAUGAGCUUCUCCGAAACCAACGGGAGCGAGGCAGCUGAGGAUGGCCAAGACCUGCCCGGAAGCCGCACAGUCCCACAGGGUGAGGGGACCGAGGAUGGGGUCCCCCCGGGGCCGGCAGCAUCCCAUGGAGAGGUGAAGGCAACAUCCAGCUUCUGGAACCGCUCCGAGCAGGCCAGCUCGCUGCUGGGACUGUCCGUCCGUGCCAACGGGGAGGCACACGCCAUCGAGCGUGCCAGAGAGGACCCGGGCUGGGCUUCAGGGCCGGGGGCAGCACCCGGAGGGACCCUGUGGCAGGGGCACUGGAACGACUGCUCCAUCGAGGCGGGAGAGUUUGAGCGGGCAGCCGAGGUCCUGGCUCGCCAUUACGGGGGGACGAGCACCCCACGCAGCUCGGAGAAGGGCGAGGGUGCCCGGCAAGCCCGGACACAGGCCGCGUGGGAGAGCCCCAGCAGCAGCUUGUGGCGGUCGCAAGUGCCAGCGGCAAGACGGUCCCCAGAGACCACCUGGAACCAAGGAGAUGAGGAAGAAGAGGAGGAGGAGGAGGCUGAGCUCCCCAGCCUGCAGGAGGGGUACAGUGGCACCCGGGGGGGCCGCAACAAUUCCUUCGAGUAUGCUGAUGAGGAGGAGGAGGAUGAUGAAGUCAAGGUGUGAAGGGCCAUCCCUCCCAUCAUGGCUCCCCCCUCCAAGGACACUAAUGCCAAGGUCUUUGCCCUCCUCCCCGUGCCCCGCCACCGGGUGGAGGUCACACCUGGCAGGAGACCUGGCAGGAGACCUCCUGGUCUCUGGCUGAGGGCAGUGGGGUGCAAGGGGGGCAGGAGGAGACCCCAUCUGCCGCCGGGCCCCCCAGGGCUGUCAGGGUGCUGCAGGGACAGGUGAGGGCUGUGCAUCACAGUGUUCCAUGUCACAGCCCUUCCCCGUCCUCAUUAGGUGCCAAAGGGACAAUCCCACGUGCCAAAGAACCCCCCCAAGCCCCUUUCCACCCCAUCCCACAUCCCCCCCCCCAGCAAGCAAACGAUGUGCUCAGGAAAGGGAAUGGUGACAGACAGGGAGCAGA